CUACAUUUGUUGAUAGCAUAUCCAGGAAAGCGAAUUUAGGGCUUGUUUUUUCUUCAAAGUUUGGAUUAGAUAUUUGAUUUUGAAAAAUUGAAACGUCCACGUAAGACGAGGUUCCGCACCAAUUCCAUUUUCCUCUUUGGCGAGUCACUGCCAGCCAAGCCUAAAACCAAAUGGCUUCUUCUUCUUCUUCUUCUUCAACUCCAGCGACGACCACGACGACGACCGCGACGACGCCGUCUUCCGCCAUGAAAAGAGUCGCGCUCAUUCUCACAACGUCGUGCCGGGGCUUUCCUCUUCUCUUCCUCCUCCUGAUUUCCACCAACAUCACCGCCGGCGUCGCUCUCGACAACGCCGUCUUGAGCGUCAAGUACAAAUACGCCGGCCGGGACCGCACUCUCAGCGCCCUAAAAGCUCACGACACCAAACGCACUCUCCGAUUUCUCGCCGGCGUCGAUCUCCCUCUCGGCGGCUCGGGCCGCCCUGACGCCGUUGGAUUAUACUAUGCUCAAAUUGGAAUAGGAACACCUCCUAGAGACUACUAUGUACAAGUUGAUACUGGAAGUGAUAUUAUGUGGGUCAACUGUAUUCAAUGCAAGGAUUGCCCUCAAAGAAGCUCACUUGGUUUUGAGCUAUCACUAUAUGAUAUCAAGCAGUCUUCCACUGGUAAACUGAUUCCUUGUGAUCAAGAGUUUUGCAUGGCGGUGAAUAAUGGUCCAUUGGCUGGAUGUACGGCCAAUAUGUCAUGUCCUUAUUUACAAAUUUACGGAGACGGCACCUCCACUGCUGGUUACUUUGUCAAAGAUAUUGUGUUGUAUGACCAAGUGUCGGGUGACCUCAAGACUAGCUCUUCCAAUGGGAGCGUCAUUUUUGGGUGUGGUGCUACACAAUCUGGUGAUAUAGGCUCAUCUGGUGAAGAAGCACUUGAUGGAAUUCUUGGCUUUGGAAAGUCCAAUUCAUCCAUAAUUUCACAGCUAGCUUCAUCAGGAAAAGUGAAGAAGAUGUUUGCUCACUGCUUAGAUGGAAAGAAUGGAGGCGGUAUCUUUGCUAUUGGGCGUGUUGUGCAGCCGAAAGUUAACAUGACUCCAUUGGUACCAAACCAGCCGCACUACAAUGUCAAUAUGAAGGCAGUUCAAGUUGGCCAUGCUUUCCUAAAUAUUUCUACAGAUGUAUUUGAAGCGGGAGAUAGAAAAGGGACUAUAAUUGACAGCGGUACAACUUUGGCCUAUCUUCCAGACGUGGUGUACGAGCCCUUAGUAAGUAAGAUCUUAUCUCAGCAGCCUGAUUUGAAAAUUCACACUCUUCGUGGCGAGUAUACAUGCUUUGAGUACUCGGGAAGUGUUGAUGAUGGAUUUCCUGCAGUCACCUUUGAUUUUGAAAAUUCACUUUCUUUGAAGGUUUAUCCACAUGACUACUUGUUCCCCUCUGAAGGCUUUUGGUGCAUUGGUUGGCAAAACAGUGGGUUGCAAUCCAGGGAUACUAAGAACUUGACCCUUUUGGGAGAUUUGGUACUUUCGAAUAAGCUAGUGUUGUAUGAUCUUGAAAAUCAAGUCAUUGGAUGGACUGAGUAUAACUGCUCAUCAAGUAUCAAAGUACAGGAUGAACAGAGUGGAACAGUGCAUUUAGUAGGUUCCCACUACAUCCCUUCUUCUGCUUGCCAUUUGAAUCACCAAUGGACUAUAAACUUCUUCCUUACGCUGCUGCUGUACAGUUUACUUUACUGAAAUGGAACAACUAAAACAUACUGACAGCCAGUUCAACUUAUAGGAAAUCAACAUAGAGAAAAUAUCAUGAGAAGUAUUGUCGAGAUGGUGCAUAGAGUAGCUUCAUAUUUGUGUAUCUAUAUUCACUCCCAAGGUGAAAACAAAAGCUAGGAUAGACUUCCUUAUCUCUUGACGCUUCACUAUGGGAUAUGUUUUUCUCCCCAUUGUGAAUUGAUAGAAAUAUAUGAAAGCUUACUAGCUUCAAAAGCUUCAGAAUUAAUUGUAUAUGGUUUCAAAUCUUGAAUUUUUUCUAGGCUUCGGUCUAGAUAAGAUUGUACAUAAAAUCCCUAGUAUAUAUCCUUUUGUGGCUCCA